AAGACUCGGUUCAAAAGAACGACUCCGACAUCACCAGCAGGGCUGAGCUUGAGCUCUCAAUCAAAUCCCACAGACGAGGAGUAGGAAGCUCUGCGGAGACAUGUAAGAUGGCAGAGUUGCAGAUGUUACUAGAGGAAGAAAUCCCAGCCGGUAAACGAGCUCUCGUGGAGAGUUACCAGAACCUGACGAGAGUCGCGGAUUACUGUGAGAAUAAUUAUGUUCAGGCCCAGGAUAAGAGGAAAGCCUUGGAAGAGACCAAAGCCUACACCACCCAAUCGCUGGCGAGCGUGGCCUAUCAGAUCAAUGCCUUAGCCAACAAUGUCCUGCAGCUGUUGGAUAUCCAGGCCUCACAGCUGCGGAGGAUGGAGUCCUCCAUUAACCACAUAUCUCAGACAGUGGACAUCCACAAGGAGAAGGUGGCCCGGCGAGAGAUUGGCAUCCUGACAACAAACAAGAACACGGCGAGGACUCAUAAGAUCAUCGCUCCCGCCAACGUGGAGCGGCCGGUGAGGUACAUCAGGAAGCCCAUCGACUACAACGUUCUGGAUGAUGUGGGCCAUGGAGUGAAGUGGCUUAAAGCCAAGCAACACGGCAACAAUCAGUCCAUCAGAGGAGGAACUCUGUCCAGAACCAAUCCCCCGACUCAAAAACCUCCCAGUCCACCGCUGGCGGGACGAGGAACUUUGGGGCGUAACACUUCUUAUAAAACACUGGAGCCAGUAAAACCUCCAACGGUGCCCAAUGAUUACAUGACGAGUCCGGCUCGAUUGGGCAGCCAACACAGUCCAGGACGAACUGCAUCUCUUAACCAGAGACCGAGAACACACAGUGGCAGCAGUGGGGGAAGCGGCAGUCGAGAGAACAGCGGCAGCAGCAGCAUCGGCAUUCCCAUCGCUGUGCCCACUCCCUCCAUUCCCAACUCAAUCCCAGCCACACCCUCAUGGGCUCCUCCCCCUGGAGCUCCUCCCCCAGCUCCUCCUCCUCCACCCCCCCUCCCGGGCCUGGGCCCACCAAUGCCAGCUGCUGCUAUAGCUGUUGCCGCUGGGCCAGGUCUCGGCCCGAUUCCCAUGUCGCAGUUCGGCACGAUAUCCCGACAGGUCUCCCGACACAACUCCAGCAACUCGUCCGUCUCCAUGGUCUCUGCCACAGGCACAUACCGCCGAGCGCCGUCUGUCUCCUCACAGUUCUCCCUGCAGCAGCCGCACAUUAACGGCGGAACGCCUGCAAUGUCUAUGGCUCCUCCUCCUCCACCUAUGCCUCAGCUCACACCACAGAUUCCCCUCACAGGCUUUGUGGCUCGAGUUCAGGAGAACAUUGCAGAUACUCCGACUCCUCCCCCUCCACCUCCUCCUGAAGACAUGGUCAUAUUUGACGAGGCUCCUCCUCCUCCUCCACCUCCACCUGCAGACUAUGAAGACGAAGAGGCUGCAAUAGUGCACUACAGCGACCCCUACGCUGAUGGAGACCCUCAGUGGGCACCUAAGUCCUACGCUGAGAAGGUGGUGGCCAUCUACGAUUACACCAAGGACAAGGACGAUGAACUGUCCUUCAUAGAAGGAGCCAUAAUCUACAUCAUCAAGAAGAACGAUGACGGCUGGUUCGAGGGGGUUUGUAACGGCGUCACAGGCCUCUUUCCGGGAAACUACGUCGAGUCCAUCAUGCACUACGCCGACUGAAGAAAAACCAACACAAACAAUCAGAUCUCAACCAAAUGGUGAAAAUCUCCGAACUUUACUUUUUUGCGGUGACGGGUGGAUCUGGGCAAAAUAAUCUGAGGAAGUCAGUGUGUAUAUAAAAUAAAGCAGUUCUAGUGAAUGUCAAUCAGCAGUCGAUACAACGCGUGAACAUGUAAAGUAGAUGAUUGUCUUUUGCUUUUACGACACUUCCAACUAAAAGUCCACUGUUGAUUUGAUUUUCUUGUUUUGGAUGCGAAAAAAAAAAAAAUCGAUCAUGUUAGAAACUUAAUUCAUUAGCGUUUUAUCUUAAAGCAUCACACGUCAUUGCCCCUCAAUAAAGUGUAUCAAAAUCUUAACGUAAAGCAUGCAUACACGAUUUUAAUAUGUAUUGUAACCUAAACGUUAAAUUCCAUUCUGCUUCCAUCUUUGUAUUAUUUACAGUUCACUUCCAUUUUUGUUUUCGUUUAAAUAUAGACAUUUGUAGACUACUUAUUUUUAUGAUCUAAUUUUUUUAGUUUGUUGUUAAUAUAAAAGUCGUGAUUUUUUUAUUUGGGUAAUGAAUGCAAAGCACAGGACAUUUGUUUAAAUUUGUUUUCGCCAUCGACUCUUCGUCUGUUUUUUAGUUGAUAUCACAACGAUUAAGUAUUUGCUACGAUGAACAAAUUUAAACUUUACUUAGAUGGUAGGAAGCUUGUUUAUGCCACAGAAUAUAUAUACAAAAAUAAGAAAUUUGUACAUUCCUGUUUAUACUUCUAAAAAUUUGAUUUGUUAAAUUUGCGAAAGUUGUCUACCAUUGUCAACAACUGGAAAAUCGUUUGGGAAAAUUUGUGAGAAUUGUGCCAAAAAUGUAAUUCUGGGUCUGUAUACAUACAUACAUACAUACACACACACACACACACACACACACACAUAUAUAUAUAU